AUGGCGACCCGCGUCCGGACCGCCUCCGGCACCCUCAAAUCAGCCCUUCACCACACCCAUCCCCGGCCAACCCUCCGUGCCUUUGGCCGAUCCUCAGUUCGUCCGACCUCAUCCUCAUCAUCAACCUCCAAACCCCGACAGCCAACAAAAGUAGCCCGCUCGGCCCCAAUAGGGCUUCUUGUAGGAGGUAGCGUCCUCGCCUCAGCAAUAGCCAUCACUCAGCUUACCGGGUCAGACGAUUCCCAUCACCACAUCGAAGAACAAUCACAGAAUGCGCCGAUCAAAGAUGACCGCGACCCGUCCCUCCCGCGCUACCGCCUCUCCACCAUCCGCCAACACGACGCACACUCUCCGGAACCAUGGGUAACCUCCUCCGACAAAGUGUACAACAUCACCUCCUGGGUCUCCGCUCACCCCGGCGGGGACAUCAUCCUGCGCGCAGCGGGCAAAUCCAUCGACCCCUACUGGGAAAUCUUUUCCAUCCACAAGCAGCCUCACGUCCGCGAAAUUCUCGAUCAAUAUCUGAUCGGGUACAUCGACGUUGCCGACCUAGGGCCCGACGGAAGGCCGAAGAUGGAGGAGGUCGAAGAUCCGUUUGAAGGAGAUCCGAAGAGAGAUGAGAGAUUGGUUACCCUGACGGCGAAGCCGAGGAAUGCGGAGACGCCUACAGGGGAGGUGGCGAGGGAGUUUAUCACGGAAAGGGGGGUCUUCUAUGUCAGGAAUCACAUGUGGGUGCCGCAGGUGGAUGAGCGGACGGCGGAUGACACCCACGUGUUGACGGUGGAGUUGCCGGAUGGGGAGGAAAGGAGAUACACCCUGCGCGAGCUGAAAACGAAAUUUCCUUCCCAUCGGGUAACGGCUGUGUUACAGUGCAGCGGCAACAGAAGAAGCGACAUGACCCGUCAAGUAGGGCACACCAACGGGCUGCAGUGGGGUGUAGGAGCGAUAUCCAACGCCGAGUGGGAGGGUGUUCGCCUGGCGGAUGUGCUUGCUGACGCGGGGCUCAAAGUCGCAUCUUACCCGUCUCUGACCCAAACCAGCCCUCCUCCAUCAGACCCCCAAAUUCCAGACCCAAACACCCUCCACAUCCACUUCCAUGGCCUAGAAGCUUACUCCGCUUCGAUCCCCCUCCCAAAAGCCCUGUCCCCUUCCGAGGACGUGCUCCUCGCCUACGGGAUGAACGGCGGCCCUCUGCCAAGGGACCAUGGUUUCCCUUUGCGCGCUAUCGUCCCUGGCACGGUGGCAGCGCGCAGCGUGAAGUGGCUGAGCAAGAUCCGCGUGGCUGACGAGGAGGCAACGAGCCAGUGGCAGAGAAGGGAUUACAAAUGUUUUGGGCCGAAUGAGGGGGCGAACCCGGACUGGGAGAGAGCGGUUGCGAUACAGGAGAUGCCGGUUACGAGCGCGGUGACGGGGGUUUGGGUUGGUUCCGAUGUGAAGAGGGUGCCUUGGAUGGGGGAGAAGAGGCUGCUGGCUACAGAGGAGAAGGGAGAAGGGAAGAAGAACGAAGGUGAGGUCGCGCUCCAAGGGUACGCCUACUCCGGUGGGGGGCGAGCCAUCGCGCGGGUCGAUAUCUCCCUCGACGGAGGAAAUACCUGGGAUCAAGCCGAGCUGGUGGAUGAUUGUGCCGGGGGCAAAUGCAAGGGGAGUAAGGCGUGGGCGUGGACGCGGUGGCGGUAUUGUGGUACACUACCCUCCCCUCCCACAACCCGAACAAUCUCUUCUGCCUCUCCUUCUUCCUCAGCCCCUAUUCAAGCCCUUGAAGACGGGGCUGAGGCUCAGAAUGGGACUGAAAAGAAGAUUGGGGAAAAGGAUGCCUGCACGGAACUCAUCGUCAAAGCAACCGACACCUCCUAUAAUUCGCAGCCCGAAACCCACGCCGGGAUAUAUAACGUGCGCGGCAACCUCGCAACAGCGUGGCAUCGCCUGAGGGUAUGUCCGAAAUGUUUACAGAACAGCACCUGCAAUUCCAACAAGAAUAUCUGGUCUGACGGCGCGGUCGUGUAUGGAUGUGGGUUCAGCAGGGAGGAUGAGAAGAAGGAAGAAAGAUGA